AUGGGAAACCCUAACUCAUCCUCAAUGGGAAACCCUAACCUUCCUCGAUGGGACACCCUAAGCCGUAGCCCUUCCUCGAUGGGAAAACCGAACCCUUCCACAAUGGGAAACCCUAAUGUUCCUCUAUGGGACACCCAAACCUGUAACCAUUCCUCGAUGGGACACCCUAACCCUUCCUCGAUGGGAAACCGUAACCAUAACCCUUCUUCGAUGGGAAAUCCUAACCCAUCCUCGAUGGGAAACCCUAACCCUUCUUCGAUGGGAAAUCCUAACCCUUCUUCGAUGGGAAAUCCUAACCCAUCCUCGAUGGGAAACCCUUCCUUAAUGGGAAACCGUAACCAUAACCCUUCUUCGAUGGGAAACCCUAACCCUUCUUCGAUGGGAAAUCCUAACCCAUCCUCGAUGGGAAACCCUUCCUUAAUGGGAAACCAUAACCAUAAUCCUUCCUCGAUGGGACGCCCUAACCCGUAAUCCUUCCUCGAUGGGACGCCCUAACCCGUAACCCUUCCUCGUUGGGAAACGCUAACCCUUCCUCGAUGGGACACCCUAAGCCGUAGCCCUUCCUCAAUGGGAAAACCUAACCCUUCCACGAUAGGGAACCCUAAACCUUCCUCGAUGGGAAACCCUAACCCUUCCUCGAUAGGAAACCUUAACCCUUCCUCGAUGGGAAACCGUAACCAUAACCCUUCCUCGAUGGGAAACCCUAACCCUUCUUCGAUGGGAAACCUUAACCCAUCCUCGAUGGGAAACCCUAGUGUUCCUCUAUGGGACACCCUAACCCGUAACCCUUCCUCAAUGGGAAACCCUUCCUCGACGGGAAACCCUAAACCUUCCUCUAUGGGAAACCAUAACCCAUCCUCGAUGGGAAACCCUAAAUCUUCCUCAUUGGGAAAAACCCUAACCCUUCCUCGAUGGGACACCCUAACCCUUCCUCGAUGGGACACCCUUACCCGUAACCCUUCCUCGAUGGGACCCCGUAACCUUUCCUCGAUGGGAACCCGUAACCCUUCCUCGAUGGGAACCCGUAACCCUUCCUCAAUGGGAACCCGUAACCGUAACCUCCUGAUGGACCCACUCUCGAUGGGAACCAACCCCUCGAUGAAACCCGUAACCGUACCCUUGAUGGGAACCCUAACCCUUCCUCGAUGGGAACCCGUAACCUUUCCUCGAUGGGAACACGUAACCCUUCCUCGAUGGGAACCCAUAACCGUAAUCCUUUUUCGAUGGGACGCCCUAACCGUAACCUUCUCGAUGGGAAACCCGUAA